ACUGCGUUGUUUUCGGGAAAGGGGACGGUACUUGUCAGGAAGGGUUUGCAAGAACAGAAGUGGACUACGACUCAGUGUGAGCUACAAAAUCCGAAUUCCUCAGGACUUACAUUUUAGUCGUUGUGGAUUUUGGUUAUUGCGAGUUUUCUGAGAAACAGCCUUUUUCGUGACGGUUGAAUCUCGUACGACGGAGGAGCUUCUACUCGGUUGAAUCGUCUAAUGUACGAAGCGAAACGGAAGUAACUUGCCAGCUGUCUGGCUGCGCUCGCUAGGUGAGUAGAAUAACUAUGUUAUACAUUUUAUCCUUGAAAUAACCUUCUGUUUCUGGUCUGUUUUACACCUCGACUUGUCUGUCUCACCUUCGUGUCGUUGUCAAGUGUGAAACUACUCCGUUACGGUUUACUCUGACUAUUUAAGUUAACAGGCUAACAAGCUAAUGCCAACAGCCAGUGUGAGGUUAGUCGAGCUGGCAUGUCAGCAUUGAAAGAGUCUUUAAGUGUCAUUGUCAGACUAAAACACACUCAGCUGAUGGGUUAUGUGAUUCGGGAUGUAUCUAAAUAACACUUCUGAAAGGAUUAAAACAAUUAAAAAAGAGUUUGCCAUAUUGGGGAGGUCUGAUGAAAUCACUGUCAUAAACUAGGGCCUACUUUUGUCAAAAAGUUUGACAUCGUCUAAAGUCAAAUUCAGUCCAUCCUCAAAGUAGUCUGUGUGUUGAAGAUGGACUGUGUUACAGUGAAUUUAGCUUGAUUUUCUUUUGUCAAAUCAAACCACACUGUUUUCUGAGAGAGAAUGUGGAGGUAAUAAAACCUUUUCAAGGCACAGCCAGGCCUUCCUUAUUGGUACCAAUAUGGAUGGAAACAAUACUGAAAGUAAGGAUUUACCAGUAUAUCAGCUUAGUAUGAUAUCGGUAUAAUAUCGGCCUGUCGACCCAAACGCAUGGUUGUUACCCUGUAAUAUCUGCUGUGUAGCAUCGAUACAAUAAUGCGAGGACAAGAAAACGCAUGCUUCAGCCUACAGAAAGAUUUAUUUUCACAUUGGAAUUAGAAAAUAAAAAUAUUUGGCGAAAUGAAAGCACAACUAAAUGAAGGCCUGUUAAACUAUUUAAUUAUCCAUUAGUUCAUUUCAUUUGAUCUGUUUUGUUCUGAUUCGGUCAUUAAGUAUAACAACAAAAUAGAAUUUGUGAUUUUUAUUUAGCUUUAUUAAAAUGACCAAUAGCAUGAAUCUGUUGUUAAAUAGCAACUUAAAGGGCUCUAAAAUUUUUCUUUUUAAGAAAAACUUUUUUUUGAAAAACAGAAGGUAAAAUUAAGACCUGUUAGGUAAGUUUGUGCCUCUUUCUUUCUUUCUUUCUUUCUUUCUUUCUUUCUUUAUCUCAAACUUUAACAACAACAAAAAAACAAACUAGAAACAAAAUCACAGAACAAAAUAAUACAUAUGUACACCAAACAACUUUACAUGUCAAAGAUAAAUUUACACAACAUAUGUAUGUCAAAAAUAAACAGUUUGAGAAGGAACAGAUUGAAGCAAAAAGCUUAUAUAGUCCUGCCCCUUCCUUGCAAACUAGAGAUUAAAAAAAGAAAAAAUCUACUUGUAUAAAUUUCAAAGAUCUAUAUAAAUACAUACAUACAUACAUACAUACAUACAUACAUACAUACAUACAUAAAAGUGUAAUACUGACUAAUACUGAAACUGAUUUGGGGUCCCUAGCUGCCCAAACGAAAAUAAGACAAGUAACAAUGACUGAGUAAAACAAGAAAAUUAUUGACACAGAUUGAAUUGUCAUUACCAACAUGGAAAACAGGAUCACUCUUGUUUUUUCUCAGUUGGUGCAUUUAUAAGUAAAACCUGUCUGAGACCCUACAAUUUUGUAAUCAUCUGAUUGAUCAGUUAUUUUAUCGAUAGAAAAAUAAUGUGUAAAAUAAUAAAGUGUGAUUUAAGUAUUUUAUACAGAAAAAUAAAACAAAAAAGUAUUGAAUUAUUUAAAAAAGUGAAGAUUUGCACUUGGUGAUAUUGUCGUGUUUAAGUUGUUCUUUUGUGUGACUAUAUAUGGCAUUUUAAAGGAUGUCAGCUUGGACCGUGAGAACAUUUUAUUUCUCAAUAUGUUUCACAAGCCACUUCACCGAUUGAUCACGUAGGAUAUUUGUAUUGAAACUUAUAGUAGUAAGCCAAAACUUUGCCUGAAUUGAACUUUUUGCUCUUAUCACCCAAAUCGUGACAUUGGAAGGUAAGUGGCUUCACGCAUGAGGUUAACAGAAGUAGGUGCUUCCUCCCUCGAGGCUGAAAAACACAAACACUUUAUACAUGUACACGCAGAGUUUCUGUCCUUCCCGCCGCGUAACCAAAAUUCACCUCAAACAGAACAAAAUGUUUUUUUAGCAGCUCAACCAAAGUGUAUUCUCUACCCAAACCUAAACUUUUAGGAUCUUUAACUUUUGAUCCGUUUAUCUGUAUCAAAUGAACAAGAGGCAGGCUUAGCACUCGAUCUCAGCUGUGGUCUGCUCACAUCCUCACAGUCUGUUGACACCUUCAAAAGAAAUGCAAAUAUACCUGUUUGGACAGGUAUUCAGGCAAGGGGUCUACAGAAUGAAUUCACACUCCUAAUGUUUAUUGAUUUAUAUUUUAUUGUUUUCAUGUGCAACACUUUACAAGUAACUUUUUACUGUAAAACCAUAAGGCAGAGCUAUGUCAUUUAACAUUUGCAUUUAUUACAGAUACAUCAAAUUUGAUGUGAGAGUUUGAAAUUCUAAAUAUUUCACAAAAAUAGAAUUAAAAUAUCAAGGCUAUGUAAAAAGGAAAGUUCUUUGGCUUUUUCAGUGAGUGUUAUUGUGGAUAAUGGAUCGAAUUUGAAAAUCUUUUUGUCCUUACUUUUCUCUGGAUUUUAGUAAAAGAUACAGAAUAGGUGUUCAUAUUUGCAGUGAUGUUUAUCGAGGAAAAGUAGCAGGUUAGGACUUUCUUGACCUUUUAUUGUAUUAUCUAUGUGGCUUUUGAGUCGUGAUUGCUGUAACUGCAUACAGUCUGCCCACUUGUUUUUCAAUGUAGGCAUGCUGGUUACCUUAUAGAAAUGAGACAAAAUGAAGCAGAUUUUUAGAAAAAUCCACUUUUUUUCAAUAUCAUGUCAAUAAUCAGAGUAUUUUCCUUUCUAACUUCUGAUACCUACAAUAUUGUAAGAUUAAGUUAGCUGCCAGAGCACUGCCCUUGAGCAAGGCACCAAACCCCCAACUUCUCAGGAAAGCCCCUCUAUGAGUGCGUGUCCAUUAGAUCCUGUUUGUGCAAUUGUGUGUCUGUGUUUCAUGAUUCAGCACCAAGGGAAAAACAUUGAAUCCCCCCUCAGAGAUUUAUAAAAUGUAUUUUCUUCUCUUUCCUCAAAACAUAACCAUAUUUGGUAAGCAGCACGUUCAUAAAGAAUGUUAAAACUUAGCAUUGUUAUAUGUGCAUGGGUGCUGAAUCUUCAAAAACAGCUGCGGACAUAUCCUGGGAGGAAAGUGCUCUAAAUAAUUGAAUACUGCAGAGAUAUUUCAGGGGUGCAUAUUUUAGACAAAGAGUCUGAAAACCGAUGAAGUUCAAAUUGAAUAGGAGCGGACACAUUAAAAUAAUUAUAACUAAUGAGAAUUAAAAUAAUCAUGCUCUGUUAUUGAAUGCCAGUUCUGCACAAAAAAAGACACAUCAGGGAAAAGUACCAGAUGGUGCUGAGUGCUUAGACGAUGUCCAAAAACCCCCUGGUGUCUGAAAGUAAACAAACAUAAAAGCCUUACCUGAGUCCUUGAGUGCAACCAUUUACUGGUUUAGUAUAAUACAGACUGCAGACUGCAAAUAUUAUUAAUCUGAAAACAUGAUAUUAUUUUAGCAUAGGGACAUAUGGGUAUAAGGGCUUGGAAAUAUAUGAUGGAAUUUGGGAGCAAAAGCAGCAAUUUUAGGGUAAAUAUCAUGUUUUUAUUUGAAUAUUUGUGUCCAAAGCUCUCUAAAUGGAAAAAAGUCUAUUGGUCCCAGCUGGAACUAACUACGAUAUAACCAUCAGUGAAUGAUACUUUGAACAAUAAUCAAUUUCCUCCAUGCAUCACCAGUUCAGAAGAUCAUAAUUUUUCCAUGGUUUCUCUUGAACCAUACACAUCGAGAGUUUAUCAUGGGAUUACUUAGCUACAAAAAACAGAGGUUAAGCAGGUGCUGUUGUGCGCUUAUUUUCUGCUGUACAUGUUUAUAUUCUUGCAAAGUAAAACCGUUUGCUCAGUUUUUGCUUUAUCACCCACAGAUGACCACUUUAUUGCUUUGUCCCCUUGUGUUAUAACCAUAUGAUAGCCUUUGUUUGUUAUGGUGCUUUCCAUAACCAAAUGACCACUGUCUGCAGUGCUUAGCUACAAGGGAAUAAAGUCAACUGUUCCUUUUUCCUUGCAAUGGUUUAUAAAAGUAAAUGAAAGUGGUUUUGAAUCUAUAGGAAAAAAGGAGAUCUGGUUAUCUAAUUUCACUUCUUUUUUUCUGGGAGCUCUUACUCCUCAUGGUGCCUGUGGUCAGUUUUUCAGCAGGCUAUCUACCUCAGCCAGAGAUAAGAGAGACUCUAAACUGAUGCCAGAAAUGCAAAAGAGCUCGUUUGUUUGUCGGUUCAAUACUUUUGUAGUUUUAUACCUCUGUGCUGGAGAUAGUUGAUCUCAAUAGCUAUUGCAAAUUUAACUGGCUAGCAGCGACAUGCAAACAUGAGAUGGUUAUUUCAGCGCUUUUUGUUUUGAACCAACAAACCAUGGUACGUAAGUUCCUCUCCAUCAUGUUGCAUAAUCAAGCACAGACUGUAGAUUGUGUUUGAGUCUAUCAGAGGUGUAAAAACCUUCCACAUCUCUGGCAUUUCUCUAUUUAAUUACAGGGAUUUUUUGUUCUUUUUUUUUACAUAUGUGAGACCUAAACACCGCCUGAUUAAUACAGUACGGCUGUGGUUCAGUGGUUGUCAGUGGUCUCCCAAUCAAAAGGUCUAGGAUGCAAUCAAAGUUCCCACCUCCACAUGUUGACACUUGACUCCACCAACCCCCCGCUGGUUGUGCCCAGUAGUGUGUGAAUGGGUAUAGUCAACACUGAUAGGCUCUAUGCAUCCUCUGCCAUCAGUGUGUGAAUGUAGUGUGAAUGGGUGAAUGUGACAGGUAAUGAUAAAGCACUUUGAGUGGAAAGAAGACCAGAGAAAGCGCUACAUGAAUACAGUCCAUUUGCUGUUUACCAUCAUAUUCAGAGCGGUCUUUGCACCACUACGUCAGUAUUCAACAUUUUUUCUAAGACCUGACUUCUCUCUGUGAAACUGUCUGGAAAAAUCAUCACUUGUUACUUUGCAAGAUGCUCCAAGGUUGAGUUUUUGUUUCGCUUCUGAACAACAAAUUCGCGCAGGUGCAGACAAGACAGGCUGACGGAACUGAGGGGGAGAGGAUAAUAAAACCGCCAACGUCUUUCUCUUCUGAAUAGAUGAAGGUGAAACCGCUGCAUCCAGUAAAACCUGUCAAAUCAGUGGCAAAAGUCAGGGGUUUGUUGUUAUAAAAACACAUUAUUCAUUUUCACCUCACGUUAUCGAAAAGUCCUCUCCGUAGGAAACAUUUAGGAGCUGAAGCUGAAUUUAGGUGGAGAGAGGAAGAGCAAAGGAAAAAGGAAAUGAACAGACUCAUUGAUUAACUCACUGGCUGAAAUAGACAGAUGCAUGACUCAUUAGAAAUCUCUUCUUAAGAAAUUCAGCAGUAAAGAAUGGGAAGUGAUGGUGAGAGUUCUUAAGAUUGAACCGCGGGCCCGACAGUAGAUUAACAUGUUAAAGGGACUGAAACUGGACGGGGUAAAGUACUUCUCAGGAUUUUCCUUGUUUUGUACCUUGUUUUCCAGCUAAUAAUUACAGGCCUUAACCUAACCCUAUUUAUAAGCUUCUUUGACAUAAUUGAAUAAUAACCUUGAGCUUGAUACAGAUAUUAUUAGUUGUGAGCUUUUUAUUAAAACUUUUUUUGUCAAAGAGCAGAAAGCCUUAGAAGUUGUGUGUGACAUAUACGUAUAAAUGAUUUGAUCUGAACAAGUUCCUGUUGUUUUGAUGCUGAUUUAUUGUAUUAUGCAUGUUUGGAAAAGGCUUAUCAGUUUGUUGGUUUGAUGUUUAAUUUGCAGUUUUAUACCUCUAUGCUGGCAACAAUGAAACUCCACAACUAUCAUAUCCUCAAACAGACUCCAUUGUUUCAGCUACUAGGGCUGGGCGAUACGGCCUCAAAUCAAUAUCACGAUUUAUUGAGCAGUUCACCUCGAUGAUGAUAAAUGGAUGAUAUCUACUCCACAAGCUGCUUAAUCCUACCCACAUUAACUUGGUCUACUUCAGCCACCGCUCCAGUCGCAACAACUUUUGAACCGUCCUCCAUCUCCUCACCUGUCUUCCCUCUUUGUUAUCGACUGGAUGAGGUGGAGUCACUUCUCUAACGUAGGACAGCAUCUUAAAGGGACAUGAGACCACGGGCUCAGGGCUUAAAAUGUAUUUAGGGGCACAUGUAUGCAUGAAAAAAAUCAGCCGUGGCAACAAAUGUAUUUUCAUGGAAAUACUACGGUGAAGUCAGUUUUAGGUUGGAUAUUCGACGGACAUUCACUGUAGAUCUACCGGUGUCUUCUCACUCUCCAUAACAACAGAAGUGUGGGUGUUGAAUAAGGGACCAUCAAUAAAUUACCGGUUGAUGUUCUCAAAAAAGGCUGUUUUCUUUCAAUAGCUUCCAUGUCACGGGGCCAAUUGACAUAAAACUGAUGUCAAAUAAUAAUACUAAGGUCGGACAAUGAAACACACUUUAUUUUCCUAAGUUGUCCUCUAAAAAUUUUUUGUGUUGAAUUUCAAGGCAAACUUUGAACCUUUCCUUCAAUAGCUUCUAUGUCAUGUGACCAAAAGACCAAAAAUUGAUUUCAAGUUGUAGUACUUAUGUUGAUUUUGAUCUAUCAUAGACUUAAUUAACACUCAUUUAUAGAGAGAACAACAGUUACACAAUAACUCUGCACAUCAGGUGUGUUUGACCCGUGUCUGUGGCAGGAAGGAGUCAUCAUUGUUGAGCAGUAUUCUGGUAAAUAAAAGACAACAGGGUUGGGAAACAAAACGCAGUUGUCAUCUUGUGGUAUGAACUGAGGAUGUUGCAGCUCAGUGUCUGCACUUGAGACCUAAAUAUUUGAGCCUUUACAUUUCUCUGCUCUGAUCAUGUGUCAGCUGUAAUGCACAUAUGUGUAAGCUCGAGUAUCCUUUAGGCUUUUAAUUCAUAAAAUGCUCCACAUGAGCCUGCCUCUCGCUGUGAGUGCUGUCAACACACCAGGGAGCGUAAAGCAGCGCUGUCAUCACACGUAUUCAGUAGCUGUAUGUGCUGUUGAAGGACUUGCAGCUGCUACUGCUGACUUUCUGCUUUUGCUGUAGUGAUGUCUAAACAGACUGCAGUCCCUACACAGCGCAGCGGCAAUCUGUCUUGGGUGUUGAUGUCAUCAGCUAUGUCGAGAGGUUUGACGUCAUUUCGUUGGAGCUUCUAGAGAGUCAAUCCUGUGUCUGUGGGCUUGUGUGUGUCAGGGCUCUGCCUGUACACACGAAUAAUAUGAGUCAUCAGGUGAAUUCACUGAAUCCACGGCUACUGCAAAUGUUUGCUGAGCUUAUUAUGUAAUCAAUAGGUUUGCAUCUCUCACACACACACACACACACACACACACACACACUUGGCUGAUGCUAACUACAGGGUGGUCAGCCAUUUCCUCAGAAAUAGACAAUUAUAUUCUAAUGUAAGGGUGGAAGAAGUAUGAGUUCUGGUUUACUCUGUAAUAAAAGCUCUUGCUUGAAUUUCAGAACUCUCAUGCAGUGUUUUGUUGACUUUCUGUUAUUAAUACUGUCAGAAAAGUUAUGUAAACAUUUCCACAACUUUUAUUGACUAUCAAAUAUAAACUUGCACGACCGUUCUUGUCUUGUGUAAUAUCUCUGUGAAUGAAACGGAGGCGGAAUGGGUCAAAGUAAACAUGGAUUAGGGAGGGUGUGUCUCCCGUUAAGCUUGCAUUAAAAAAAUAGACCAUGGAGUAAUACUUAAACGUGACGGUCCCAUCUCUGUUUCUCUCUUCUUGUCCAGUGUCUGAAUGCCCUCCCUGUGGGUUAUGGAGUUAGGCAGGCAACUCUGUGGGAAGAUGAGGAGGUCUAGUAGGAGAGCCCAGUUCUCCUCUGCCCCCACUUCCACUUGGGGCCUGGAAAUCCACUUUUACAUGCCGGAUGUGAAACAGCUGGAGUUCUCCAAAGGCUGCUACACUGCGGAGAAACUCUGUGUGGAGGCUGCCAAGAAGUGCUGUGAGUAAUGGACCUGCUUUGCUUCACUAUGUUGUUGUCCUUGUUUAUAUUUAGAAAUAAAGGUUAUAUUGUAAUUCUCAUUACGAUUAUGUGGCACACAGCUUCGCCAAAACAAUUUUAAGGGGCUCUUCCCAAAUUUCACUCUAAAAGGAUGGUGCACAAAGCUUAACACUUCAGGAGGAUCUCUACUUUUCUGUUAAUGAUCACAAACCCUAGUGAAUAUUUUUUCCUGCCCUCCAAACAACAUGGAUGUCAUGCUCGUCAAGAGCCUGAGGAUCUCAUCUUAGAUAUAGUCACAUCACUUUUUACAGCAGAUCAUUUUUCUCCAAAGUCCAAAACCAGUUUUACAGUUACCGUGAAACUAGACAAGGUGCCCAUCUAGGGAUUCUGGAAUUUUAUUAGUCAAGUUAGCUGACUCUGGAUUUCUUGGUAUUCGACAUCUUGCUGUCGACACUUCAGAUCAGCCACUGCCAACAGAUCGAAUGUUGAUAUAUUUCCUCUUUCGCUUUUUUCCCCCUCAGCAAUCUCCCCCUUGUGCCAUAACCUGUUUGCCCUCUACAAUGAGACAGAUGACAUGUGGUAUCCCCCCAACUUUGAGUUCAAGAUCACAGAAGAAACCAGCCUCAAGCUGCAUUACCGCAUGAGGUAAGAUUGACACUGUCUGCUUCUAUUUGUCUGGAAUGAUUUUAAGGAAUAAGGACAGGUUUGUUUUUCUUCACGUUUGUGGAGAUAUUGGCUAAAUAACACUGGCAGAUGACGCUUCAGAGUAGAAGCAACUUUAAGAGUAUUCCAGCAAUAAAUUCUGAAAAGACAAAGUAGACCUACAACCCGUGUAUCCCAGGAAUGAGCCGCAUCACUCCAAUGCUGAGCUUUACACUAUCGAUCCUAUCCUUCACUAUCGUUGGAUCGGCUAAUUUGGUGCAAGCCUUUAAUUACAUCUCAAAAGCCUUGAAACUUUCAAGUAAUAAAUAGAGUUGUAACCGUGUCAACCUGUCAGAAAAGCUAAUCAUACGCCAAGAUGCAGGUGUCAUUGCUUCAGCUGACCAAUCAUAUACUAGAUAGGGUGAGACUGGUCACCAGGGUUAUGAAGACAGAUUUUUGAGCAGUUUGCUUUUUUGCAUCGCUCACUACAUAGUUCGAAUCUGUUUGUGGAACAACAUCAGCACACAAAUGGAUUCUUGAGUUCAAUAAAAUUGAUUUUUUUAUUUUUGCAGAGAAACCUCAUGAAAGUUAGUGCCAAGCUUCGGCUGUAGUUGUGUAAAGUGUGUGACUAUGGGGCUCAAAUUUCCCCCAAGAAUUUGACUUUUUAUGGCUUGUAACGAGAAGAAUCUGGGUUUCAUUGCCUGCAGAGGGGACGCUGCUGGGGCUUGGGAACUUUAUAUAACAAGAUGGAUAAUAAUUUAUCCGAUAUUAUUGAGAAAUGUGUUGUCAGUAAUAACAAGCCCCUGGCAAAACACAGGUCACCUGUUGUGAUUGUGGAAUCGUGUAAAUUCAACAGGUAGUGCAUUUCUUGACCUAUUGUUAUCAUUCACUGGCCUCAUGCUUUUAGAGUUUUCUACAUGUAGAGCAUGCAUUUUAAAAUGUUAAUAAAAGCCUUCACACACGUUUCUUUGACUGUAAAAUGCCAAAAAUGUGAUUUAUUAUGCAGCCUCUAUUUAAACUCUGAGAUUAUGAGUGUUUGGAAAGUUUUAGGCAUGAAACCUGCAGAUCAAUUCAGCGCACUUCAUUGUACAUCUUCAUUAUAUCCAUGGCAUUGUAUAAAAACGAUAUGGUGCAUGUCUGUAAUAAAGCAGCAGUACUGUUCCUGCAAGAUCUUGGCAUUUGGCAUAUGGUUCUCGGUGGCUUGGCAAGCUGGGACACAUUCAAGUUCCCAUGGGUUUGUUAGAUCUUGAUUCCCAAGCCAAAAAAAACCCAGAAAGAAAACAAACAAACAAAAAAAAACAGCUAAACUUAUCUCAAGCUUUGUUUGCAUUUCAGAAAGAGAUGGAGGUUUGUAGAACAUUAAACAGAGAGAGACGUAUUAAAGCUUUGGUAAGGAGCUAAUAAAGACUCAGACUAAGCAGUGAGUCACUGUCAAAGUACAACCUUUCAAAGUGAAGAGCAGAGUCCAGUUAAAAGACUCAAGUUUGAUUUGUUUUCGGGUUUUACAUCCAAAAGAAGAAAAGGUUUGAUUGAGGUCGUGACAAGUCUGGAAAGACAAGUUUUCAUGACAAGUAGAGGCCAUGCGAUAUUAAAAACUUCCCUUUUUUAGGGAGUCCAUUCUACAAAUCAGGUAACAUUUCAUGCAAGAAGGAAAAAACACAUAACUGUGGUGUCAAUUGCACUUCCUCUUUCUGUUUGCCUCACUUCAAGAGAAGAAAAGCGAGUACCUGUAGAGCCUGACUGUGCCGUAUGUCGUGUGCUUUUGUCUUUCUGUGUUCUAGUACAUGUUUUUGUUUUUUUUUUUUUUGCCUGCAGCAUGCUGAGUACUGUAGCACAGUCUGAAAAACAAGCAGGGUGCUGUGGUCAAGUCUAAAACAUCAACAAAUGUUAAAUGUGCAGACAAGCUGCGUGCAUUGAUUGCAUAAGGUCAUACAACAGACAAAACAAACAUAAGCAUUGAGGACAUCUUAGUGGGUCUGCUUUGCUAACCUUCAUUUAGAGCACAGCACUGUUUGUAGCUUAAGGCUUUUGUCAGCAUGCUUAUUAUAGCACUGAAAUAAAUAGAGUGGAACGCCUCAUACUCUGUAGAUCAGGCCCAGUGGAAGAGAAAGAUUGUUGCAGUAAACAUCCAUGUGCUUAAAUUUUAACAGAAUCCCAGCUUUAGAAAGACCUAUAUCAGUGUGUUAAAGACAUUUUAUGGCACUUGCAUCAAUCAUAGAUAAAGAGAUAUUUUGUCUGGCACAGUAUUAGUUACCCAUCUCAUUUUCACUUCUAUCAACAUAGGUUUCCUUUGGAGAAGUGAUCCUCUGAUUGUCAUCAUCUCAUGCCCAUUUGCUGAGUAGUCAUGGUCUUUAUCUGCUGCUAUUUCCCCUCUCUGUCUUUUAUUUGUUUACUUGAUGUAGGGCUCUUAAAUGUCCCUCUGAUUUCGAACUGCCAGCGUCAGUCCCUCAUAUUGAGGUUAAAGACAGCCAUCUGUGACGCUGAACCAAAAAGACGAUGUAUUUCCUCAGAAAUACACAGGCUAGCUGAAAAAGUGCUUUGUUUCACAGAAAACAGGAAAAUGGGUCAAAAGCUAGAAGAAAGGUGGGUGAAAAAAAUUUGAUGCCCAGCGCUGAAAUGUCAGUGUGAUCUUUGCGUGAAACAUGAGACUAUGAGGAAACAUUGGUAUGUGUGAGGGCUGCGGGAUAUUGUAAAGAAAAAAAAAACUGACAUUGCUGUGUUUUCUGUCUGUGAUGUUUAUUUGCAUGUGAAAAAGAUACAGGGCAGUAUACCAUGCAAAUGAGGUGUGCUUUUUUUAUUCAAAAGUCAAAACUUAUACAAUGUCACUUUAAUCAUUAAUGGCUGCUUAUUUUCCUCUGACAGGAAAAACUCAUUUUUUAAACUUAAUUAGUUCAGCCCUCUACAAGCAAAUCCAUGUGGCCUGCAUGAAAAAAAAACUCUGAAUCUCUCUGAACCGGCAGUGAAGUGUGAUAGCUUUUCAGAUUAAAACUGAUGUGAUGAAAACAGGAUGCUACAAAAUAGGGCAGGGCGAUACGGCCUCAAAUCAAUAUCAUGAUAUAUUAAGCAGUUCACCUUGAUAAUGAUAAAUGGAUGAUAACUACUCCACAAGCUGCUACUACUCCACAAACCACAGUAUCUUCAACAGCGGUACAAACUACAGGCAGCCACAGGUGGAGAGAGGAGAGCAGGGAGAGGAGCAUGAUGUGUGUAUCCCUGUGUCUGAAUGAGCAGGACUAGAAAGGAGCUUUAGCGAUCAUGAGCGUGCACGAGGGCUAACAGGCUGAGGACUGCUGUGCCAAAGAUUAAGAGAUAAUGUUCAGAAUCAUAAUAACACAAGCUCAAGUCUUGAGGUAAUAAGAGAUGUUCUAUGAAAGCUUGAAAUAGGGCUGGGCGAUAUAGCCUUAAAUCAAUAUCAUGAUAUAUUGAGCAGUUCACCUUGAUAUCGAUAAAUGGACGAUAACUACUCCACAAGCUGCUCACCCCCACCGCCACUACAACUUUUGAACCGUCCUCCAUCUCCUCACCUGUCUUUCCCUCUUUGUUACGGACCAGAUGGGGUGGAGUCACGUCUCUGAUGUUAAGGGACAUGAGAGACCAUAGCCUACCUACACACAUCCAAAACCAACUCUUAAUUAUUAGAUUUUUUGACACCUAAUAUAUGGGCAAAUUUAUGUCAGUUAUUGUCGCAAAUUUCGGUAUCUGCAAAUUUUCGGUUUAUCGCCCAGCCCUACUACAAAAUACGUUUUAAAUAUCAACUGGUUAAUGUCAUAUUAUCAGCCAAUACACUGAUGAUAAAACAGAUCGACGCAUUCCUACAAGGCAAGAGAUCCAAACGGGACCAUUCAAGUAUAAGAUAAAAUAACCUUUUUUAUCCUCUAGUUGUGAAUUAUUAUUCGUGGCUAGGAGCUUUUCUUGCAUGAGCACCCAGCAUUCAUUCAGGUGUCCUCUUUCUGUGUGUUUGCAGGUUUUAUUUCAGGAACUGGCAUGGCACCACUGAAGGAGAGUCUCCAGUCUGGAGACACUGCAUCAGCAAACUCAGAGGAGGACUGAGCCCUCAGAAGACACCAGAAGGAACACCUUUACUGGAUGCAGCCUCUCUGGACUAUCUGUUUGCCCAGGUAACAAAAAAUAUAUAUUUAUAUUUAAUACAAUGAUUAUUUAUUACCACAGAGGCAUUUUAGGCAGGUCUUUUUUGUUGCCAUGGGAAUAAUAAUCUGAAACGAGCCUAAAGCUUUUUUUUAAUGUAUUUAUUUUUUGUCUGAUUGUUGAUAAUACUUUUGAAAGUACAUUCUGAUUCAACAACCAAACAUCAACACCUUUUAGUUUCAAAACGUAACAAAAGCAGGAAGUGCUGCUUUAAGUUAAACAAUAGCAGAAGCGUGGGUGUAACCUCGAGCCGUUUUAUCCAUUGAUGUUUUUUAAACUCGAGUAGAGCUGAUCUGCCUUCAUCUCUGUGGUUAUCCAUCCAGCAUUUCUAUACCAAUUAGAAAAAACAAUUAUGCAGUCAAUCUAAUUUGUUUGGUUUUAAGUUUAUGUGCGUUUGCCGAGAAUCUGUCAUAAAAUGUGUUUGUUACGCAGGGCCAGCAUGACUUCCAGAAAGGUGUUGUCCCACUGAGGACUGUCGAGUCAGAGGCAGAGCAACAUGAGAUUGAAAAUGAGUGUUUGGGCAUGGCUGUGCUCGCUAUCACGCACUUUGCCAACAGCAUGGAUAUGCCCCUGUCUACGGCUUCCAAUGAAAUCAGGUAUAAAAAAAAAAACCACACACACAUGCCCACACACACUCAUCUGAACACACCCAAACCCUAACACUAACACAAACAAACCAUAUGGCAAGUUGAAACAAAAUCAAGAUAAGAUCUAGGAUAGUUAGUUAUGUUGUCCUCUGAAAUUCGUUUGAAUUUAAUCACAAGCCCCAUCUUUACACAGUAGUUUUAAAAAGUAAAAAAAACAUUCAUUAAGUGGGAUAAACUUUAACUGGACCGGUUUCUGGUAGAUAUUGUAUUUAUGCCAAGUUCUUCUCAUUCAUAUUCAUCAUCUCAUGAAUUAUCUUUUUCAUUUUAGUCCUUUUCCAAAUUUAAAUUUUGUUCCAGACAUUGUUUGUGCAUAACUAUAAAACAUUUACUCUAAGUGAGAAGUACUGCAAGUAAUGAUCGAUACAAUAUCUUCUAUUUCCAGCUACAAACGUUUCAUCCCAGAGUCCCUGAAUCGAAACAUCAAACAGCGCAAUUUUCUGACUCGGAUCCGCAUCAACAACGUCUUCAAGAAGUUCUUGAGCGAAUUCAACCGCCGCACAAUCAAGGACAGCAACAUCACAUCGUACGACCUGAAGAUCAAGUACCUGGCGACAUUGGAGGGUCUGACCAGUGGCCUGGGCAGUGAGCUGAUUGAGCCGAUCACACUGAGCGUCACGCAGGAGGGAGAGCUCUGCAACGGAGGAUACUUUGGUAAGAGAGAUUAGAGUUCACUGCGCACUGUCGUAUAUGUGGUGUAUGAAGCUUCAUUGAUUGUAAAUGGUUUAAAAUUGAGAUAUUUUAUUGUUUUGGUUGCUAAAUGAUUCAAUAUCAUGGAAAAAAAAAUUAAGGUGCUAUUCUUGCGUUUAAAAGUUUUUCUCUGAGUCCAACUGCAACAUUUUAACCUGCCGUAUUAAAGUAGGUUUACAUGCAGAGAAGCUGUGAUGUCCUACUCAGAGUUUGAACUGUGUUAACCCAGCAUUAACUGAAACAUUGUGUGCAGACAGUGAAAAGUUAAAGAAACACCAUGUUUACUUUGCAUAUUAAUGAAACAGGCACCAGAGAAAUGCUGUCUCUCAAUAAAUGUUAAAAAAAUAAACUAUGAAGCUUUUUUUAAUCUAACAUCCAACAAGAGUUCCUCAACAUUUUUUGAAACAUACAUGCUACUAACAUGAUAUUUCAACAUGUUUGCUUCUUCCCAGGGUACUACAACCAGAGCCAGAAUCAGAACCAGAGUCAGAACCAGAACCUGGAGACAAGCUAUGACACAGAGGUCCUGGUCAAUGGUACCACUGGGAUUUCCUGGAGGAAGAAGACCGCUACAGUGAGUAGUAUAUUUGGCAGCUAAAAAAUAAAAGAGCUCAACAUCUGAGAGACAUGAGGACUUAAAGGCAAUCUUCCCUUUUUUUAAAAUCAGCCUAUCACAUUUGAUGAAAUCUUGUGUUGUGAGACAGAUGCGAUCUAAGUAAAAUGUCUCUGGACUUUUUGGGUUAGUAUGAGUCAAGAUUUAUCUUGUCUGUACGGUAGUCAGGAGUAGGCUGGCAGAGCCUUUUGCUCUUAUCCAGGAUUUUUACCUCUCUCCUCUUGCAGAGGUUGGCUGAAAUGUCACUGUUAAGUCCAGCGCUGAUGAGGGCGUUUCUGUCAAAAAGAUUAAUGAGAAUUAAACGUCUUAUAUGACUUAUUGAAACUGACGUCCAGUUAGAGAAAGACAUCAUAUUUCUGAUUCAGUCUUUUUUAAAUAGACUAAAUUUUCAGAAGAACGUACUUACUUUCAUGUUGCAAUUACAAUUUUGUUUGUCUUUGAAUCAGGCGCCAGUGAUCCUGAAAGAAAAGAGCAAGUCAAAGAAAAACAAGCAGGAUGGAAAACAGAAAAACGACAAGAGCGAAGGCUGGGCGGUGUUCUGCGACUUCCAUGAGAUCACCCACACAGUCAUCAAAGAUGUUACCGUCACCAUCGUCAGACAGGACAACAAGAGGAUGGUGAGAACGAUGCACAGAGUGACAAGAAGACGAUCAACUUCCUUCUAGUCCAUUAGACCCAAAUCUGUUUUUAAUGACCCGAACGUUGGGUAGGGUUACACUUCCACAGAAUCUAGGCUCUGUCAGUGUCUUCAUCUCUUCCUCACCAUGUCUUCUCAGGAGCUGCGAAUGGCCUCUCGAGCCGAGGCUCAGUCCUUUGUCGCCCUCGUGGAUGGCUACUUCAGGCUGACAGUGGAUGCACACCACUUUCUGUGCAAGGAGGUAGCUCCUUCUUCAGUGGUGGACAACAUCAAAAAUGGCUGCCACGGACCCAUCUGGUUUGUGAAGAUAGUUUUUGAUUAAUAAAUUCAACAAAACUGUUCGAUACCCACUUUAAUUUGUGUUUAAUUUUAACCUGUGCUGGGGCUGUGCAUGAUGGUUUUAACUCACUCUGUUUUAGCGAUUUAAGGGGGCAGUGCUCUCAACAAACACGUUUAUCAAACCCCAGUGUUGUUUUUUUCAAAUCAUCAAAGUUUAUUUAUGUAGCAACAGUCGUUAUGCCAGGACACUUUCCAAAGAAAAAGAGCAGGUCAAGACCACGCUCGUUGUCUGAUGAAUUAUUAAGGCCCAACCUUAAGAUGGGACAGAUUUGACUCAUCUUAUCUAACAUGAGUGAUAGUGGAAAGGAAAAACUUCCUUUUAACAGGCAGAAACCUUGGGAAGGACCAGACUCAUGUUGGACAGCUACCAAGCCGCUGCUGGGAUGGGGAUCACUGAUUUUAUCACAGAUUUAUUUGUUUAAAUGUUCUGUCCUUUUAUAGCUCGACUAUUUUAAAAUCUUACAGCCACAGAAAUAAUUUAAUCACUACUUGACAGAUAAAGUUAAACUUAUUAUGAUUCAAAACACAGGCAGGAAGAAACAAGAAAAGCAAGUAAGACGGGUUAUGAGGAACCACGUACAGUCUGAAAACAUAUAAACAAAGUGAUAUGACCAAUAAACACAUGCGUCCUGUUUUUUUAGAGAAUGUAUUUAAGUCUUUAAUUUUAAGUUAAACUUUAAAACCCCGCUGCUGCUGCUGCACAUAUUCAUAGUGUUUUCUCCCUUAACAGUACGGAGUAUGCAAUUCACAAGCUGCGUCAGGAUGGCAAUGAGGAGGGUGCCUACAUCCUGCGUUGGAGCUGCACCGACUACCAAUACAUCAUCAUCACUGUAGUCUGCACUGAGGUAUCAAGCAUAUUUCAGUUUAACAUAUAUCAUUUAUUCCCUUGGUGUUUGAGUCACGACAGGAUCAGGGAGUUGUUGUUGUUGUUGUUGGCAGGCACGUUGACACAUUAUCCCUUAAUUCUCAGAUUGACAUUAAGGAGAGUCGUCCUGUGCGUCAGUACAAGAACUUCCAGAUCGAGGUCACCUCCGACGGGUUCCGCCUGUACGGCACCGACACUUUUCGACCCAACCUCCCAGAGCUGCUGGAGCACCUUGAGGGUCAAAGCCUUCGCACCGACAACCUCCAGUUCCAGCUGAUGCGCUGCUGCCCUCCACAGCCAAGAGGUAAGCUUCGUAGCACCGCAAAGCAAAGAGCAUUCAAAGGAGAUAAAAAUGUCAGAAUGAAAGCUCUCAGGACAAUAUGGAAAUAUGUGUUUCACUCCCUUGCAGCUGCAGAGUUAAAAUGUUAAAAAAAUAUGACAUUUUUGCAGGUUUUUAUAUAAAGGGGGAAAACAGAUUCAUAGAAGGCUGAUUACACUUGGUUACUCACAAUGCAGCAGGGAAACACUUUGAUUUUUCUAACUCUUCAGAUGGAGUAAAAUCCAGAUAGCUUCAUCAUCUAGCAUCUUCUGCAUCCUGAUCCAUUCUCAACACCCGUCUGUUUGUUUUUAAAGUCAACUAAAUACCGCUUGGAGCAAAGUUUAUGCUUUAGCUGGUCUUUGUAUCUGGUGUGUGUGUGUGUGUGUGUGUUUCUGUAUUGCGACUGGGGUUGGGAAGCUGGCGUGAACAAUGUGUGUCUGUGAGUCGGUGUUAAAUUGUGUCGGAGAGGAAGAGAGUUGUAAAUGUGGGUUUCCGGAGAGCGACUCGCACUGUCGUGUGUACUUCACUCAGGGAAAGGUGGAGCUGUGUGUGCAUGGAUGUGCUGAGCUGCUGUUUUUUUCAUGAUUUUUGUUGGUGUUGGUGGUUGUUGUUGUUGAUUGUUAUCACGCUAUACAACUGUUAUGGUUUUGGGUUUGGGCUUCGCCUGUUUCAGUGGAGGGUGAAAGAGUGAGAUGCUGUGCUGAAACAAUGAAUAAUUUAACAGGCUUACACUGGUAUAUGCACACCCUGAGCGAUUUUAAAUUUGUGUAAUUGGUCCAAAUGUUGUUGUAAUCUGUCAUGAAAGCCAGAAAGUGUUUGAGAGGGUUGACUUGCUUUUUAAGAUCUCUUUAAAAUGCUUCUUUUAUGACUUAAAAUGAAUUAAAAACCAGCCCUGGAUUAGGUCAAAUGAUGAAUAGGGUGUGUGCAACACAGAUUGCAUGUUAUGGAAGAAUGCCCUUAACACUCUUGAUCAGUAAAUAUAGGUUGAUGCUGCUGAUGGAGUGCAGAUACCUUUUCCUCUCUCGAACCACAGCGCUCUAGUUUUGUCACAACAUCAGAAACCCACACACAUGUUUAAGGCACACACGUUUUCACUUUGUCCUCCCACACACAGCGCUGUAUAUACAAAAAAUAAACUGAAUUAGUAUGGUAACUCGACCUGAGUAGCUCCUCACAUCAUCACCACAUUGACGUAAUCGUUGAGAGCUUGUUUUACCACAUGUAAACACUUGCAUGUGGUGAAACAAGUCUCCCUCUUCUUCAUGUGCUUGUGCUUGCUUUCAAGCUGAAUACCCAGCGUGCAUCGGUGCUUGAAACACUUGUGGCACUCUUGCACAGAGCAAGAUACUUCACCAAAGUUUACCUUCUCUGCAGAGAUAAUUUCUCUUUCUGUUUUAAUUCAGUGCAGACUUUCAAAUCCAUCCAAAGCUCAGACGGACACAGCACCCUGUAUUUGAGAUUACCUAACACACGACAAUGGCAGGUCCUUGCAGCUUAAUGUUGCACUUUUCUAAAAGUCUGCAUGUGUUUGUUUUUUGUUGCAGAGGUGUCCAACCUGCUAGUGGUCACCAAAGAGAGAGCACCAGUGCCUCAAACACCCAUACAGGAGAGUCAGCUCAGCUUCCAUCGCAUUCUCAAGGAGGAGAUCGAACAGGUACAAACGUUCAUCUUUAUCUUCAUCUCAGUUUUAAUAAUGCAGCUCAAGCUUUUCUGCGUAUUUAAGAAGUGAGACCCUUGAAAACAUCGUAUAACGUGUGGUGAGCUGCACAUCAAGUAACAGAUGUCAAAAUAUUCAAAACUCCUUCAAUCCUGAAUGCUUGCUGUUUUAGUCUACCUGCCUCAAAAUCAACAGUGGACAAGCCAACAUGCAAACAUGUUUAGAUUUGCAUACUCAAGGGCUUUUUUAAUUUGCAUCGACAAACUGGCUCUGUAGCAGAUGCCUCACAGUACGCAAAUGACUUUUUAUUCACUCACGCAGCUUUAGUCCGCACACGUUAACCUACAUCUUUGACCAAGAGGAGUUCAAUCUUGUCUUUUUGUUGUGACUUUUGGUUAAAUUAGAGAGAAGACGUAUUGGACAUUUACUGUAAUGGUGGUAUAAAGCACACACACGAGAAACAUGAAUACGCUAGAAAACACGCCAAGAGCUUGCACUAUUUUUGGUGGGCACCCAAAUGGACAAAGGUGAGAAGACACCCAGUUCAGCUCUAUGCAGAUGUGUGGUGUCCUCUGGCACUUAAUGUUAACACCACCCUGCCAGCUCUGUGAGGUACAAACAGAUUCAUUUGCCACGACUCGUACCACCCCCCUCUGUAGUCAAAUCUUUUCACCUGCAAAAAUCCAGAUGCAGUUUGUGUACAAUUCUCUAUCUAGUCAUGAUUUAGAAGAGUGCUAAUGCAACUUUAUAUUUAGAUCUAGAAGGCAUGAAUCUAGAUCGAAAGGUAACCAAAAUCUAGUUGCACAUUCUUCAUGUUUUUCAUUUAAAUUUCUAUGUUUCCAACCGCUGCACAGACCCUUUUCCCGCAGUGAUUAUAGCUCAGGUACUCUUCCAUACAAAUGUGCAUUUUCUGCUCUGCAUUAACCAGGAGGAGCACCUCGGCCUGGGUACAAGAACCAACAUCUACUCGGGCAAGUUGAAGGUGAAGAACGAGGACGAGGAUGAAGAUGUCGGUUAUUCAUCAUUCCAGGAAGUCCAGGUGGUCCUUAAGGUGCUUGGAUCUGGACACAGGGACAUAUCUUUGGUAAGCUGAACUUUAAGGAGGUAACAGGUACGGAGUCUAUGAGGUUCAGCUUCUAUGAUGAUCCGUGGACUGAACUUUCUUUUCCCCUCUAUCCGCAGGCCUUCUUUGAGACAGCCAGUAUGAUGAGACAAGUUUCCCACAAACACAUAGUGCUGCUUUAUGGAGUGUGUGUCCGCCACCAGGAGAGUGAGUAAACUUUCAUGUUCAUGAGACUUUGCUGCUGCUGCUUCUUCUUUUAUCUUUGACACAUGUGUCCUGUUGUGGAGCAGAUAUCAUGGUUGAGGAGUACGUCCAGCUGGGACCGCUGGAUUUAUUCAUGAGGAGACAGAAGAGCCCACUGAGCACGCCUUGGAAGUUCCAGGUGGCCAAGCAGCUGGCAUCAGCUCUCAGCUACUUGGUGGGCAAACAAACACUCACACACACACACAGUCUCACACACAACACUAUAGGAUCAAACACAUGUGAAGGUGCGGCUCAAAACAUGAAAACACUGAGUAAAAGUUCAGUAUUUUUCAUCUGUUUCGACUCAUGACACGUAAUCUAACGCUUCAAGUGUUUUUUAAUUUCAAUUUGGAUAAUUGUGGCCCAAAGCAAAAUCAACAAAAGGGAAACUUUUCAUUUUGAGCUUGAGUUAAUUCAAACAAUAAAACCACCAUGAUUAUCCUAGUCUACUUUUGAACAAACAACCACAAUCAUGGAUUAGAGCGCUCCCCCCACAAGGAGGGUAAGCCACAGACUGCUGAAAAGGCCUGCUAUUAGAGUGCUGUGAUCAAGCGUUUUUAUGCAAAUAGAGCUGUCCUGAUACAAUAUUAAUAUGGGACGAUAUCAGCCUGCAUCUAAAACCUCCGAUAUCAGCAAUUCGAUACAAGCAGUCCAUUGCAGACUCCACUCCAGCACCUCUAUCUAGCAGCGCCCGGAUCCAGCAUGCAGAGCCCAAGUAAUCACAACAACAGUGUGUACUAAGAUACUAACAAAGUAGCAAGAAGUGGGAGUGAUGUCGGCUGUGUGGCAGUAUUUUUCAUUUAAGUUGGAAAAAGACUGUGCUGCUGAGUGCAAAACUUUUCAUGCACAGUUUGUGCUAAUAUCAGAUAAAUAUUGGUAUUGGCUGAUACUGAAGGCCACAAUAUUGGUAUCUUAUUGGAAGUAAAAAAGUUGUAUUGUGUCACCCCUAAAUGCAAAGUUAACUGGAAGGGGAAAAGAAAGGUGAGGGGAUGGUGAUUAAAAGUCGAUUCAAGAUCAUGGGAGAGCUGUACAAGGAGUGGUCCAAAUCUGGUGUAAAUACAUCUAGAACCACCACACAGAGACAUCUUCAGGAAAGGAUCUGCAGCUGUCACUCCCAUACCUACUGUCAAGCCACUCCAGAGCCUAAGACAGUAUCACAAACAUAUUUACCUGGACUGAGGAGAAAAAAAAAACAGACUGUAGCUCAAAAUUCACAAAUUCAAGGUGUUCGAAGUCAAGUUAGAAUUGUCUGCAGUCUAUGUUGACUUGGAGUGCUGUAUCUUCUGCUGGGGUUGGUCAAGCUCAAUUCAAGUCAAUACCAUCAAGCUUCAUGGAUAUGCUAAUUUCAAAACUAUUUCCAAGUAGUUUGCUGUACUUGCAGCAAACUUGCCUUAGCCGAACUCCAUCGUGAAUCCGUGAGAUAUUUGUCACAAGGAAGAUAAAAAACAUCCAAUCUAAAACUACAGACCAGCACCAAACUAAAAUCGAAAUUUCGUUUUACUUUUAAAUAAGUAAUAACAAAAAAAAACUUUUCUAAGGUGUCCUCAUGUUUGUAGCUGCACCUUUAAGUCCUGUGUGCGCCUCUGGGAUGAGUUGCUGCACUUUAUAUCAAUUUUACCUGAAUAAUCUUCAUAUUUGCUCUCUUUCUAGCGAACUAAUGUUUUUUUUCUCCCCCUGUGUUUGUAGGAGGACAAAAAGCUGGUCCAUGGCUAUGUGUGUUCCAAAAACAUCCUGCUGGCGAGGGACGGACUGGGCACAGACGAGGGAGGGCCCUUCAUCAAACUGAGUGACCCAGGAAUACCAAUCACUGUGCUCACAAGAGAGGGUAAGCACAGAGUAACACACACGCACUCACACACGUACAAACACACCCAGAGUUACUAAAAGUGAAACCUAAACGCUUACAAAACGGCAACCAUGGAAAAUUUCUCAAUAACUUCCUCUUUCUCCUCGAGUCAGCUGCAUGUAAAAGUGAAACUAAUACAACAACAACAUAGAAACCCAGAAUCCUUUUAGACUUUUGAUGUUGGUCUGCCAGGUCGAAACUUAACCCCAUGAUGAAAAUGACGAUUGACCACAGCCUCAGUCAUAUUCAGACCAGACCUCGAGCGUCUCUACAGACAGUUUUUCACUGUUUUACAUGAACAAGAAGGAGACUCGGAUUCCCUACUUUGUAUUUCCCCUGGAGUUUGAGAAUGAGGAAACCAGUAAACAAAGCCUGAUGACUGCUGGGGAUCUUAUUUUCUUUAUUAAUUUAGGAAUAGGAAAUUAAGAGUUCAUUCCUUGCUUUGGACCUGCCAAAAUGCAGUGAGUGUUUUGUUUUGGUUUCCUUUUACUGAGAGUAAUUCUAAUCCCCUGGCCCACAUGGGAAAAUGACUAACAACAACAACAAUAAAAAGUUAAAUCAGUUAAAUGAUAACUGGUGGUUUUUGGCCAUUAAAAAUGAUAACUUGGGAAUUAAAAACUGAUGGUCUUUUUUUUUGGAUAAUUUAAAAAUACUCUAAAAUUUCCCUCGGGAUCAAUAAAGUGCCGACUGAUCCAUCGAAAGAGGCCUCAUUAUUAACUUCAGUCCAGUUAAAAACUCCUCACAGGGACCUAAAAUCAGAAAUCAAAGUGUUUUCAAUAAAGCUAAUGUCGUCCAAAAUAGAAAUACUUCAUUAUCUGAUCAUUCCACAUUUCAGCGGACACGUUUCCACUCUCUGGUUUUAAUUCGUGUUGUAAAAGCUGGACCCGAUUUCAGGACAGAUGACAGAAAAACAGGGACGAUUCUCAUAUUGCACAGUUCCCCUCAAAAGGCUGCCUCAUGUUUCUGUUUGUCUGUUUUGUGAUAUAACAUAAUGCGGCCGUGGAAAUGGAUUAGCAAACCGCAGGAGGUCCGUCGCCACACCCUCCCGAGGACGCUCCUCCCUCGCUCUUUGUUCCCAGAACCCUUAACGUUCUCUGUCUCCGGCACUUUGCAGAAUAAUCCGUCUUCCCGUUACUCAUCGAUGUCCUUGUGUAUAGAUUUGAUUGAACUCAUGCGGGAUAAGUGCUGAGAAACCUACUGGGAAUGCACUUUAUGUUUUUCCCAGCAGUCUUCGCCGAUCACUUCACUAAAACCUCAAAUCCAUUCACGGCGUCCUCACUUUUUCCUCAUCUUGCUUUUGUCCUAAUUUACUUCUGAUUACUAAUUUCCUGCUUAUAUUUCUGUCUCCAUCAGACCCCCACCCGCCCCCCUCUUUACUCCGUCUUUUUCCCUUUAGUCCACCAUUGUGUGUUCCAGUCUGAGCAGCAUCCACUUACUAACAUACGCCACAGAUCUGAUGUUAUAGAUUUGCCGAGCCAGAAAGCUAAAUGUGGAGGCUGGCCAAUCAGUUAGCUUGUCUUCCAGUCAGAAGAAGAUAUUUCAGGCAGCUGAAGCCAAGCUGUUUCGACUCCGACUGAUUUUUACUGUCAGCUCUGGCGUUAAAUACACAGCAGAGGGCUCGAAUCGAUGGGGUCAAGUGUUAACUUUGUGUGGUCAUGAUUUUGACUUUUUAAACAUUACACCACAAAGUUUGUACGUCUUCAGAUCGGAGAAGUUGUUAAACAAAAUACUCGUGUGAAGGAAAAGAGAGGCUGUCAAGUUGAUUUAGUAUCUUUCCUAUUAAAAGGAGAUAAAAAAAAACCCAGAGGGAGCAACAAAAGGCUUACUUCCUUGUUUGGGUAUACACACACACCCACACACACCCACACACACACACACACACACACACACACAAACACACACACAAACAAACACACACAGAGCUAAUGCCAAAUACAAAUAACAUGAUCAACAACUUUGGUGUCCAGAAAAACAACUUUUAAAGGAGAAAUUUGAUGCAAUGGAGCAGCAAAAAUAUGACUGAUGUCGCCUUAUGAGGACAAACAGUUGCGAUUGACUUGAUAAUGUCCUCUCACAUUUAACUCAACUCAACUCAACUUUAUUUAUAAAGCACUUUACACACAACAGAGUUGAUCCAAAUUGCCUCACAACAACACAGAGGAAAUACAAAAACAAAAGAAGAGAACAAACAGACGACGAAGAAGUGACAGCAGACUGAGUGACAGUAAUAAUAAUAAUGAUAGCAAUAAAAAUAUAUUUUCAGUACCAUCAAUUUCAUCAUCAUUCAUAAUAAUAAUAAUAAUAAUAAUAAUAAUAAUAACAAUGAUAAUGACAACACAGAUCUACCGACCUACAGAGCUCUAGGGCUGCAGCUAUCGAUUAUUUUAGUAAUCGAGUACUCUAUCGAUUAAUCUGUCGAUUAAUCGAGUAAUCGGAUAAGAAAUGUUUUGCUCUCACUGUAAUACUUUGCAUCGAAUCACGUUUGCCUCAUUAAAAACCAUCAGUAACACACAAAACUGAAAUAGGCCAGGUCUUUCAAAUGAAUAUUUUUACUGCAUAAAUCAGGAACCAAAAGUUUUACAUUUUACCAUGUAGUUCACAUGAAACUACUGAAGGCAAGGUCUGCAGAUGGUCUUUUAAUUGCUAUGGUAAUGAUCUUUGCAGUUUUCACUAAACCAGUCACAACUAUUUCCAGGCUUUGGAUCUAAUUUUACUUGUUUAAUUAAUAGGCUGAAAUAAUAUAAUUCUUGGAUACUAACAUAAUUUGACAAGCAAAUGUACAUUUAUUCAAUAUAUAAAAGUGUUACAUUUUUAUUUACAUGUUGUUGUGUGUUGGUCAUUUUGCAGCCCUCUGCUGCUCAUCACACGCCUAGCAGGUGGUGUAUAGCAUUAUCACCAUGGAUACACGGAUGUUUGUGUGAUUUUUUUCAUCCACUGCCGCCCGGUUUGUGUCGUGUAGAUGUUGAUUAUGAAAACACUUCGCAAUAAUUUGGAAACGUGAAGGGGGAGCUGCUGCUGCCCGGUGUUUACGGUAAAUAGACGCAAACACCGACCAAGUGGACGCUUCGGUCUCCGAAAACGCCGAGACAAAUUUACAAACAGCCACUAUUUCAAACAACUGGGCUCAUAAUCGUGAUGUAAACACUUACUUUCUCGCUAGAAAAAAUAUUAUUAUUGAAUGAAUUUAUAUAAUUUGUCCGGUAUGCAGUCGUUCUGUGUAGCUUGUGGUAGGACUAUUUAAAUUUUCCCGGCGCUGCGUCCGGCCGGCACGAAAUGCAUUCUGGGGUAUUUAGUAUGUAUGUGUGUAAACGCUCGGGCAGCCGCGGCAUACUCAAAUCAUCUUUGAGUAGUCAGUAGGCAGUAGCUACUGCUUGAGUAGGUAAGUAGAUACCAGGCAGUAUGCCAUUUCGGACACAGCUUCUGUCUGUCCUCGUUUCCCUCCAUGAUUGAACCAAACGCGCGGCAGCGGAAGGAGCGGAAAGAGCACGCUUCUGCGCAACAGAAAUAACCGUCCGUGUCAAACACCGUGCGCUGCACAUGGUUCCGGAUUUAAACGAUUCCUCGAGGCAUAUAAUUUGCCUCGAGGAAUUUUAUUAAUCGAGUUACUCGAGUUACUCGAGUAAUCGUUUCAGCCCUACAGAGCUCACAAGGCCUACAUGGGAAAUGGCUGAGCUAUAAAAAUUAGGGACAGUUAAAAGCUCGGGAGUAAAAGUGGGUUUUAAGAUGAGUCUUAAAAAUCUUAAUGGUGGGGAAGAAUCUGAUGGAGGGAGGAAGAGAAUUCUACAGUUCUGGGGCAGCGAUAGAGAAAGCCCUGUCCCCGUAACACUUAGUCCCUGAUCGUGAAACUGACAGAAGUCUUCGGUCAGACGAUCUUAGUUCUCUCAUUGUGUGAUACGGGACAAGAGUUUAAGCCAUUUAAGACAGGAUUUCACGAGGCAACUUCCCCGCUCACACCACAUGGUUAUCAUAUUCAAGGAGCAGGAUUUACUCUUUUUGGUAACAAACAUUUACAGUCUAGAGAAAAAGGGACAAUUUUCAGCCAAAUUCUGUAUAAUUUUGUUCUCCAGCAAUCCUGAAGGACUUGGAAAUUGAUUUUCUGGAUUUAGUAAAUUUUCAUUUAGUCCAAAAUCACUUUGUGUUUGCAGAGUGUGUGCAUCGCAUCCCAUGGAUCGCACCCGAGUGUGUGAAGAGUGUGUCUUCCCUCAGCGUUGCAGCUGACAAAUGGGGAUUUGGUACCACCCUGUGGGAGAUCUGCUAUGACGGAGAGGUUCCACUGAAAGACAAGAAACUCACAGAGGUUUGUUUUCUUUUAUCUCAAACUUGAUCCCGCCCUGUUUUGUAUUUGUUCCUGGUCAUUUCCUUAUUCCUUCUUAUAUCACUCAUUACACCGUUUCCGUGCUCCUCCUGAUUCCUAUUUCUGUCUUUGUGCCUUUGAGCAGAAGGAGAGGUUUUACGAAACAGAUAGCCAACUGGCCACCCCAGACUGCAGGGAGCUGGCUGAACUGAUGACCCAAUGCAUGAACUACGACCCCAAGAAGAGGCCUUUCUUCAGGGCUAUUGUCCGAGAUAUAGUCGGGCUGGAGGAAAAGAGUAUGUAUGAUAGGAAUAUAUGCUCUCUACAGAUUAGAUUUGGUGUGUUUUUGAAAUAGGACUGGGUGCAAAUCUAAAACAGUGCUGCACUCAGUGAACCCUUAGUGUUGGAGACCACUAUGGUUCAGGUGAAAAGGUGCAAAAAUCAAGUUGGUUGGUAUAUAACCUGAACAUUUUGCAUGUUUUGUUUCUCACCUAACAGCACUCUGGUAAGCAGUGCAAAGAGUGAGAGUUGUUUACUCAACUGUGAUGUUCAUGAGGAAGUUCACUGGGUGCAUUCUCACUGAUCUCCCCCUCUGACGGGCCCCAUGGCAACAAAAUGAGACUCUGUUCUCCCACCUGCUGGUCAGAGGAGGAUACUGCAGUCACACUUUGCAGACUGAAAAGAGAACGCAACUCAGAAUAGAAAGAAAAUAAAGCAGAAACAAAUCGUUGUUUACAGAAGAAGUCCUCUUUAAAUAGUGCAUCGUCCUGCUUAAACCAGAGCAGAUUAACAGUCAUAGAACUAGAGCAAGUUCUGAUGAUACUGAAAACCACAAUGGAGUAAAAGGAGUAAUAGGUGUGUUUUUUAAUCCUUCUGAUCAUUUUACAGACCCAUUAAUCAAACCCAAGCCUACACCUGAGCCGGACCCGACCGUGUUUGAGAAGAGGUUCCUCCGAAAAGUCAGAGAACUGGGAGAGGUAAAGUGUUCCUCAGAUACAGAGCUGACCUAGAUGAUGAUGAAGCAGUACCUGCACCCACACAGAAAGUAAAUAACUUAUCCAGAAUGAUGUAUUUAUACCGUUCCUACAUCAUCUUCACACAGGGCCACUUUGGUAAGGUUGAGCUGUGCCGCUAUGACCCGCGAGGAGAUAGAACAGGCGAGCUGGUGGCGGUGAAGUCACUGAAGCCCGAGAACAGGGAGGAGCAGAGCACCAACCUCUCACGUGAGAUCAACAUCCUCAAGGGACUCUACCAUGUCAACAUCGUCAGAUACAAAGGCAUUUGUCAGGAGGAAGGUAAGAUGGAGGGAGGAUUUACGCUGUUUGUAUCCUGAUGUCAUGUCGGGUCUUUACGCUACAGAAUGUGGACGUGCAAGUGCUAAAACUGUUAGAGUGUCCAAGUGAGGCUGGCUGCAAAAAGCACUUAAUCAUUCAUCUGCACAGUAAAAUUAAUCAUAUUUAUAUCCUGGCUGGAGAAGCAGUUUUAGUCUGAGUAGUUCGUUACAGUCACAAGUUUCGCAGUAGAGCAUGACACGGGAGCGGAUUUUCACUCCUGUCCCGUCCCACUCCCAGAGAAAAAAUCUCGUCCUGUCCCAAUCCCGAACCGGAGUAAAAAAAUUAAUCCUGUCCUGUCCCGCUCCCGUUUGAAUAAAACCAAACAUGUUGAAAAAAUGUUGCAUUUUUUUGUUUUAGGUAAAAUUGCAGUGCAUAAUAUGCAUAAAUAAAUUAAAAUUUUUAGGUAAAAGUGGCAGCCGAGUCGGAGUGGUAGUCGCUCUGAGUCGCUUUUCACUUCUGGUGGUGACAGGAAGUCAUACCACUGUUGUAGUUCUUUUGUGUUGCUAGCGCGGUCAAGAGUGUUGGCUCUCACUGAGAGAUGACUACGAAAAUUGACUCAUCGGUUCAUCUGGUCGUUUAACACGGCUGAAAAUUAUCAUCUAUUAAUGUUGUUCCCACUCCCGUUGCUUUUUUUCCCGUCCCGUCCCGAUCACGGUAUUAAUUAAAAAAUGACUCCCACCCUGUGGGAUUCCCGCACGAAUCGCGUAACCCUUGGGAAUUCCCGAAAAACGUCAUCCUCUAUUUCGCAGCAUUAGCGGCACAGGGGAUUUAACCGACACUUCAAGUGUUAGAGGCUCGACCAAAAGUCGGGUCGAGUAUUUCUAAUACCGCUGAUGUGCUUCAGAAACUACAGCGACUACAUCCAUUUAUUCUGUAGCCUGUGGUCCAUCACUCAUACUAGUCAUCUUUAAGUACCACAGUCUAGUUGUUUAAAAGUUACCUGAUCAGGAUUUAGCCAUCAGGUGACAUCGAACAAAAGACAAAAACAGAUGCAGCGAUAAAUCCAAUCUCUCUUUCUAUCACAGCACAGUGUCUGCUGUUUCUGAUCAUUCAUGUGAUCAUCUGUUUGCAGGUGGACAGGCCAUUAAGCUGAUCAUGGAGUACGUACCUCUGGGCAGUUUGAAGGAGUAUCUGCCCCGAAACAAGAGCAAGACCAGCCUCAGCACCCUGCUCAGCUACUCCAAACAGAUAUGCAAUGUAAGCAACACAUUUGAGAUUCACCUUUGUGUAAAGCUGGCGUUUGUCUGCUUUUAAUCACUCCGGUCUUGUUGUUUUAGGGAAUGCAAUAUCUGGGAUCUAAAAAUUACAUCCACCGGGACCUGGCUGCCCGUAACGUGCUGGUGGAGAACGAGAGGACGGUGAAGAUCGGAGACUUCGGCCUCACCAAGAGCAUCAAGGAGAAUGAAGGAUAUUACACGGUGAAAGACGAAAACGAAAGCCCUGUUUUCUGGUGAGUCAGGAAGAAAGGAGACAGAAAAUUGAAAUCAUGAAAAUCAUUUGAUUUUACUGUCAAAGGAAAAAUCCUAAAAUGGGAAAAGUCAUGCCGUUAAAACAGCAGACCCUGGUUCUGUUAAAAUCUUUGUAGAUCGUUGAUAUUCCUCAACCCUGGUUGUCUGACUUUGAGUCUUCAAUAACUCUGGUUUCAUCAAUAACAGUUCAGUCUUGUCACCUAGACUAGACACUGGAGGAAUGAUGGGUAAUAAUGUUCUCAAACAGAUGCAUGAUCACAGUCCUGCUCUGCCGUUUAUUUUCCAGGUACGCUCCAGAGUGUCUGACUCACUGCAAGUUCUACCUGGCCUCAGACGUUUGGUCUUUCGGGGUGACGAUGUACGAGCUCAUCACAUACUGUGACUCCACCAAGAGCCCGAUGUCGGUCAGUGAGCUUUAAUUCAGGAACCACCUCUCAUCCGCGUUGUUUGUGUGCAUUUUGUAGGCUUGGAUAACGAUUUCACACUAAAUACAUUUUCAGGGUGCCGGUGAUGUAGAAAUAAGACUCACUGUGGCUGUACACACACACAGACACACGCACACACACACGGUCAUUUGUAUGUGGCAGAUGGUGUUGGUCUGCAGCCAGAGCAGCAGAUGACAGACUCCACCAGGAGCUGCAUCCAAACCAGAGCCGGUGCCAACACUAAGAGCUUAGUCUGUCAUUAGAGAUCUAUCAUUUACAUCCAGCUUUCAACUGCCACCGUAUCCUGACUGACCUUUAACUAACACUUGAGGGCUGUUAAGUUAUUUACUCUUGCACAAGUUAAGCGAAUAUUAAAAAGGGGGUUAUGUUAAAAGCCACAGCCACACAGUUUGUAGCUCAUCUAUCCUCCAGUUGUAAUCAAACGUGUCAUUUCAGAGCAGUUAUUGAGCUGCAUUGUGUAUAAUUUCUUCGUUUCCUCACACACGCAGCUCUUCCUCGGCAUGAUGGGUAAAACUCAGGGGCAGAUGACGGUGAUGCGGCUGGUGAACCUGCUUUCAGACGGGAGGAGGCUGCCACGUCCUGAGGGCUGCCCCGAGCCGGUGAGUGUCUCUCUUUUCCUAGAAUAACACAACGCAAGUGAUGAAACUGUCUUUACAAGAUGGAUAAUUAGAAACGAAUUGUUUGCAAAUUUCAUUUUAUUUCAACCAGAAAUGUCCUGAAACACAAAUCAUGCUGUACAUUGAAGUGCUGUGACCUUUCCCAACAAAUUAUUUGCUUAAGUUUCAACACAUAAAAAAACACACACCCAGGUGCCGCUGUAUAGAUACAAAACAGUUUCAUGAUUUGUUUUCAUGGUUUUAUUAAAUUAAGCAAAAAAAGUAGCACAAUACAAGGAUUAAACAGCCAUGUUAGACUACCUCACAGGUGAGCCCGCAGACUUUUUGUCGUCGCCAUUCAAAUCCGACAUACAGCCUUGUCCUUUGUCUUCUCUUUCGCCGUGUUUGGUGUAGAACCCGAAAUAUUUCCCCCAGCUGCUUCUCAGUUGUUUUUGCGUUGGCACACACCGUUAAAUACAUCACUGUAUUUGUUUGCUCAGGUUAAGAGAGCAUGCGAUGGUCGGGUUACGAUAAGAGCACCCUUCUCAAAUGACUUCAGACAGUGUUGUACUGACAUAAUGUACUCGGCUUAUUACAGCUCCCCUAAAAGCUGUCCCCAAAAAUGUAAUCGAGACUAAAACUUUAGAUAAAAAGUGACAACCCUCGAACAUACUGAAGGAAACAUAAGUUUGCUGCUAAUCCGCAAAAAACCUUCCCCAUAAAUGUGGAAACAGUGACUUUAAGUAGCAGGUACAUCAAUCAGAAGUUGUUACUCUCCUAAACUUUUGUUCCAUAAAAUCAAAGCCUUGUCUACGGUGGCCCUGAAGGUCAAUGACACAAAGAUUUCAAGAAGGCAAUAAAUUAAUAUUUAAUAAAAAUCUAAAACAUUUAAUAAAUGGGAAAAAAGUUCUUAAAACCCCCAAAUAUAAAAAAACACAGAAAUGUUUCCUAAAAAAACACAAAAUAUAUUUCAGGAAACACAAAAAAUUCUAUUUUUAAGAUGCAAAUACAUUUUAUAAACAUAUUUUUUAACAACCCAAAUAAUUUUAAUUAGCUUUUGCAUUUAAAAUUUGUUAAAUCACUAUUAAUAUUAUAAUCAAUUGUUAACAUAAUAUUUUGAAAAAUACAAAAAAAAAUGCUUUUAAAAAUUUUUCCUGAAAUAUUUUUAUUCUUAAAAUCUGUUAAUAAAGAAAAAAAAAAAGGUUGUUGAAGAUAUUUUUCAUGUUGUGUGAUAUUGUGAAACAUUUUUACAUAUUCUUUAUUGUUUCUCUGAACCGGACCUUUUGGGCCACCGUACUUGUCAGAUCCACAGACCUUAUUAAGAGUGUUUGGUUGCAGUUGGUAGAUCGCUCCUAGGAAAGGAAAACGUAAAAGACGUCUUAACAUGUUUCACCUGCUCCACACACAGGUGUACGAGCUGAUGCGCAGGUGCUGGGAACACAAACCUGAGGACCGGAUCACCUUUGAGCGCCUGAUAAAGGAUCUGAGCAACAUGCAGCAGAAGCUUCAGCCACAGAACGACUUUUAAACCCUGAACCCUGAAUUUGUGGCUCAGCAGACGACGACAACUGUCCCCAGAUCAGCGUCUGCUCGUGCUGCUUCAUUGUGCUGAGAGACAGUCCUGAAGGAUCAGCUACGGCCCUCCUGCUCACAUACAAACCUCCACAACAAUCUUAUUAAGACUUUGGUUUCUAAUCAAAAAUCAUUUAGUCUGCCAUAUUUUUAACGGUUUUUUAUUUGAAGCUUUCAUAUUUUUUAUGUUAUUCAGAUUAAAAAAAAAAAAAAGGAGUAAUGGGAUGUUUAUGGAGACUAAUCUUAUACCUUUAGCCCACGCUGAAUGUGAUCUGGUUUCUCAUGCAGAACCUCCAAAUGUAUCUAACAGGUUUAAUAGUCUCGAUCAUGAGAAAUGGACUCGUUGCUCUGGUAUUGUGCUCUGAAGGCCUUAGAAGGUGUGGACAGCUGGUUCAGAAGAUAGAAAAAAAGCAGAAAGAGAAACUGACAGACCAAAGUUGUGAGGCGUCUUGCCUCGUGAGCAUGGAAGCAGGUCGCUGAUGAAUCAUGCUGAGGAGUACCUUGGAUAAGACGAGACGGGCAUCGAUGCAGAAGAUGUGAUUCUUUGACUCUUUCUGUGUAGAAUUCUUUCAUUAAGAGUGAGCCAUGAAAGAAUCUGAGCUAAAUAUUACGAUUUCUCUUUGUGAUGUGCAGAAAUCUUGCUGCAAUUUUCCUUUCCUGGUGUCAGAGGAUGAAGAAUGAUUUAUCUGUGAAGCGUUUAAGCAGCAAAAAAAGAUCCUAACAUUUGUUUUCAGCUUCUCAAUCAGAAGGGUUUUAUAAACUUCUUAACUGAACACACUUUGAAGACCUCAGCUUUCAAGUUUAACAUGAUUUUACAGCAUGUUUUCGCACUUAAACUACAGGUUUAUUGAUAAUACUGAUCUGUUUUUCAGCCUGGAUUUGUGUCAGAAAUCCGUCUCUAAAAAUAACACAGAUCCAAAGACUUGAUCUGUGAAGGAUCUGCAUGAACUGCAUCUGCACAGAGGCAGAAAAACUCUGUUUUAUCUCUCGGAUUGUUGCUCUCUCUCUCUUCACAUCCUUCUGAUGUUUUCAUCCUCCUCAUAUUACCAAGAAUAGCUCCUUUUUACACCAGUCUCAUUUGAAAAACUCACAUCACAUUAAGAUCUGCAAGAUGGAGGUUUGCAACAUCCUCUGCUCGCUCGAGAUGGUUUAGCGUUAAACUCCAAGUCAAGUUUGGUUUGUUAGACGAUGUUUAAAAUCUGUUUGCAUCAGAUGACUUCUACUUUAACACACAGCACUUCUAGGUUGAGAGAAGUACCUGUUAGAGACACUUGAGGGCAGCACCACCUCACUUUAUCUCUCCUGUCCUGUAACUUUAAUCUAAAUCUGUAAGAGUCAUAAAACUUUCAUAUCUUCACAUAACAUUUAUGAAAAAAGAGCCAGUCAUCACAGCUGCAGACUAUAAAUGAAAAGACUUUCUCUAUUAUGUACAUGCAUUUUAUUUGUAUCUUUUUAUUUCUAAUUAUCAAAUAUGUCUAAUUUUGUUUUUCUUUAUGUGUAUGUUUAAAAGUUUGAGCUGAAGGUUUUGUCUGAACCCAUCAGUAGUUGUGUGCAGCUGUUGUGAACUCAUCCUCGCCGUAAGAAAUGGUCAGUUUUUUCAUCAGCUGUACGGCUUUUACUGUGAACAACAACAACAUCAAAAAAAGACUGUCAAGGUGACAAAAAUUGCGCUUAAGUCUACAUUUUAUUUAGGAAUGUAAAAGACAAUUCCUUCUGCUCAAAAUAAGAAGAAAGAAAUAUAUAUUUUUUUCAAAAAAUAAGACGAAAGAAAGACUUAUGGAAGAUUAAAGUGUCCAUAAAUACACAAUGAAAAAAUAAAUAAAGUCAAUGUUUGUUGUGUUCUGUCCGCGUCAGCCCAAAUGCAAUACAUUAUUAACGAGUUAAAACAGUUUGUUGGAUAUAUUACAGCUGUAAGUAUGCAUGCUCAAAUUGCUCUAGAAAGACUCUCUUCACAGUAAAACAAUAGCAAUGUCAGUGUGAUAUAAAAUUUAGCAAAAUCUACAGUAUAGUUCAGGUCAGAAAAAAAUCCACAAAAAAAACUCUUUACAAAGCAAACAGCACAGCAAAUCUAACGAACCUAGAGCCAGGAAAACAGGUCAGAAAAAUCUGAAAUACUUGAGUAUUGCAAAGCUUUUGGAUCAACACACCCUCACACACACACACACUCACAUACACAGUCAUUCACUAUUGCAAAGUCCAGCCUCACCACAGACCUGGAACAAUGGCAACGCACUGGAGCUUCGUUGGAGGCUCUGUUUACAUGAGAACAGAAGAAAUAUUGGCGUUUACCUGGAGUCAUUAGCAGGAAAGAGUUUCUAUUCUGGUGUAAAAGGACGCUCGUAUUAAAAAAACUGCAAUUUCACAAAAGUAAUUAAAUUUUUUCAGCAACUACGAAGCCGCAUUUACACAGAAAGACUUUCUCCUGAACUUCAGGGUUAGGGUUAGGGUAAACCGCUGCUGGCUUCUUCAAAGGUUAGAGACCAGGUGGUCAAAUCAAAUAAAAUAGAAGCAUUUGUCAGGUUUUCGUUGUGCUGAGUCGAUAACUUUUGUGUACAAUCAGGAGAGACGUCACAUCUAGUAAAAGUAGCACAGAGAGGCACAGAAGAAGAACAAUAAUAAAAAAAAGUUUUUAGUUUUGUUUUUUUUUUGCAACAGUGCAACCACUCCAGAAAAUAUUCCCUAUUAAAUAAAAUAUGAUAAAAAAAAGUUUUAUUCCCCAGAAUAACUUUUUAUAAACAACUGUCACUGAAACUCUGAGGGGCGGAGUUUCACGUCAGCUAACUUCCACAAUGAUCGAUCCACCACAUUUUGAUAAAAGGCAACUUUAGGACUGCUGAAUAUUUUCUGUAUCCUUUUUUAAAAAUUAUAACUGAAGUAGUCCUUUAUUAUAACGAACAAAACACAGGAGGUUAUGAACUUUGUGUUUUUAAAAUUUAAGUGUGUUGAGUAAAAAUGGUCAUUUGAGAACAGUUUAUAAAACUUGAUCUGUUAUGAGAGGAAUUUAAAAACUGACCAAAAUACAUACUUUUUGGAAACAUUUUGAGGAUGUCAGUUUAUUGCUCAAUAAAUUGUUUUAAGUCUUUUUGAACAAGGACGUUUUGUGCAUUACCCCUUUAACCUCCAGCUAAUAAUACAUGAUAUCCACGAUAUGGCACCUAAACUGAAAUUCUCCUGCUGAUUCAAAGGUUGCCAAAAGCUGGACGACAGGACAUCUCUCCAAAAGUGAAGUGAAAUCACUGACGAACUCUGCCUUCUCCAUGAUGACAGAUAAGAUAUCGGUCACACUGUGAGAUUAAAAUACAUAUCAAUUUUUAUUAUUUUUCCUAAGACGUUCGCUUUUGCAAGUGACCGAUGCGCUAACAAAGGGAAUAACUGACAGCAUCGUUGACAAAGGAGAAGAAAACAGUAAGAGAAAACGUGAUGAUCACUGACACUAGUUAUCUAACCUCCCAUGACUGUGUAGGUUUACAUGUUGCUCAAAAAAAGGAAAUUUAUUGCAUUAGUGCGACUGAAACUGGACUUCUAAAAAACCGUGAACAUGUUAGUCCGACCGAAAUCACGCUAAAUCCAACUUCUAAUAGUCUGACUAACAUACCUGGAUAAUGCAGUUACGACUCAAUCUGACUAAAUCUGACCUAAAUGUUCUGAGCAUACAUCAGCGUUCACACGCCGAGCUUUGAGAUGGAAGGUGAACAGUACGAAUGUGUUGCAAGAAAACCUCAACAGAUGAAGAAAUGAUGAAAAAUGACAUUUUCUAUUGUGCAAACAAACGGAACAGAGCUGUAAAACUAAGUGUUUUCAUCAUUCGGGUUACAUCCAAUUCACGCAUUUUGAUAGAUAACAGGUCGACUGGAUUUAACCUGAUAAUAAGGGGCAAAAAGGGGAUAUGUCGCCACCUACUGUAGCAGAGCUGGAAACGCUUCUGUCAAUAAUUCAGUCCUUGCCCGGUGUUUGUAAACUGGGACAUGGACAGUAGUCCUUGUGACACAAGAGUCAAUGAACUUCCCAUAACGGUCUGUACCAACUUGAGUGUUUUGUUUGUUGAUCAGUGAGUCAAAAGUGUACUUUGGUUAACAGAAGGGGCGGGGUUUGAACGCUGUUGCUCCAGAGACUCUGACUCUAAAUAUACAAGAUGUCAGUGCUUUGUUAGGGGGUUGUUAUGGAGGUGGACUGGGACAUGUGUCUUCCAUGUUUAAAUACGCUGAAUAUUUCAGGUUCAGGUCUAGUGAUGCUGUUCUUUAUAAUAGUGUCACAUGAGACUUGGUGCCAAAUGUGUCUGUAGCUGAGCAGGACUGUGCCGGAUUGGCAGCAGAUCUGCUAAUAAGGGAGGGGGACGAUGUUUUCCUCUCAGUUCGCAGAAAAAAAGAAAUAAAGACCAGAUGAUAUUUAUCUACAAGGAGAAAAAAAACAUAAACAUGAGCGAUGAUGAAUUAGCAAAGAUCUGAGUUGUGUUAAUAGAGAGGGGAAGAGAUGGACACGCGGUGUAUUAUUAGUGUGUGUGUACACUCACAAGUGCGUGCAACAUGCAGGAGUCCAGCAGUCAUAACAAACUCUGCACACUGAGCGAGCAGACAGAGGUGGAGAAAGCCAAAAGACAAACAAACAAGGCAAAAAAUAAAAAGAGAGAAAUCCCUGCAGGCUGAACGGCUGAAGGCAGCUGGGGUUGUUUUUCCAUUCCUCCCUCGUUUCCUUUCAGCCUAUUCCUCCCGACCUCCUUUACCUGCCAAGAGCACGUUGUUUUUUUCUUAAAGCGGCACAGACUCACACUUACAGUUCCCCGCAAUUACUGUUUCCAAACAGACGAGAAGGAAACUGAAGUUCAACUCGUCGUCUGCAAUUUGGAAGUAUAAUGGAAGAUGAAAACCGAGGAAACCAGUGUGUGGCGGAACAAGCUCUGACCAAUCUACAUGUCAAGAGGAAAGAAAAAAAAGAGAGGCUCCAAUUUGUUCGGUAUUUUUCACAAAAACUCGCCAGGGCAAGGCGACAACCUGUCCUCAGACUAGUCUUGAUUUUUCUGAAAUGUCAGAUCGCAGGUUUGAAAUCUUUCUUCUUUUUUUGGUUUGACAAUGACAGGGGAAAAAAAAAAAAGCCGUUAGGUGCCUUUUGCUCCGACUUGAAGUUUUUUUCUUUUUUUUUUAACUGGAGUCAAUCACAGUGCUCGUGCAAAAGCACCCGGUUGUCAGGGUGCAUAAACAGCCGACAAAACUUUUACUGGACCUGAAAAAUGAGGAAAAGCUGCACCUGACAGCAAAAAAAAAAAAAAGGGCACAUUCAGAGAAAUCGUGAAUAAAAAAAAGUGGAAACAGUGACAUGCAUCUCAAAGUUAGAAAAGUUUAAAACACUUCAGAUUUAUAAACAUAUCAGUUAAAAAAGUCGUUCUUGAGAUCUCACAGCUUCUUGAUUUUGUUCCUAUAUUGAUCUGCUCUCUCCUGAGACUGGACUUGAAUUAUUUUGGCCCAAAUUAUUUUAAUUCUUAAUAUUUACGGCAUCAUCUCAGUAAGAAUAAGGACAUGGCUCCAGAGUAAGUGAGAGACUGCAGAGAAAAAAAAGCUGACUCUACAGCUGGAGUAAUGCUAAAAUAAUCCAGGCCUGACACCUGAAUACAUUAAAGCAGACAGUCGGACUGGAAAACAGUCAGUCAGGAAGACAGACAGGGCUGUCCAAAGUCUGCUGACUCAAGAGAUUCACAUCUACAGCGGCCCUGUCUGCGGUACAAACACACUAACUCAGAGAAAGACAUGUCAGACAGUAAGUGGAGGUCCAGCUGAGUUUCUUUUUAACCACUCACACUGAGAAGCAAAUCAAACCAGUCUGGGUGAAUAUGUCGUCAUACUGCAUGUCAGAACGGUCAUGUUUGAUUCAGGUCAGAGGGUCAUGGAGGAAAGAAACUGGAGUAAUGCAUAAAAGAAGAAGACAGCCACAAACAGAGGGAUAAAUCUCAUCUUAAAAUACUUAAGUGGAUCCAAAGGGGGACAAGUAAAGGUCCUUACACACUGGGGGUGUUUUUUUAUCGUGCGAUUAUUUCGGACGUCAGUAUUUUUUUUGUAUCGUAUAUUUGCAUCGUUCCCGGUGUGUAAGGACCUUUAUAUGGAAGCCCUAAGUGGACAUGGUUUAUUUAUAUAACCAUGUCCUCUUAGGUCCUCCGUAGAAACAUGGUGCACACAUGCUUUAAAAUGUGAUAAAUGUAAAUGACACAUUUAAACAGGUGACUGAGAGCAGACAGUGAUAAAUGUACGAACGUAGUGCCUUAAAUUCAAUGUUUGACUUUGUUCUUAAUAAGCGUGAACACUCCACUCUUCUCUUAUUGUGUCUGCACUUCGUGUCACAAACUCUUUCCACACAUCAGGACUAAACUCACACCUCUGUACGUGUGUAUGAAAGUGUUUUCUAAUCUCAUCUUCUAUUGCGUUUCACAGUGCGUGAGCAUGGUCGCCAGGUAAUAUUUCCACACUGUGAUACAAGGUCAGAUACAGCUGUGAUCUGAACACAAAUACAGAUAAUUAAAAAAGCUUUUACCAAGUGUUUUAACUUUAAAACAAGAGUUAAUAUUGUUGUGUGAAAAGCAAAACAUUUACACUAUAAAUAAAUUGUACAUUCAUCUUUCUACAGUAGUAGGAGCCUUAGUUAUUGCCGUGUGCUUAGACAACUCUAACGUCCAAGCUGUAAUAUCAAAAUAACGAGCCCUCUCCUUUGUAAUAAACAUCAAAUAAAUCUGUAUGACAUGACGUCUUCCUUUGCUAAAAUGCAACAAUAACAUGAAAGUAUAUUUUCUUACAGAAUAGGUAUUUCACUGUUCCUUUGUAAAAGCAGCUUUAAAAAAAUCAGCUCUGCAAAACUUUACAUGUUAUAGUCUUUUGUUUUUUCUUUUGCUUCUGCUUAAAAACGAAUAAGAAGGUGUGGUUAAACUCCAACCCAGCACCAUUAAGAUAAAAACAUGCACACCGGCAUGUCAUAGCAGUAUGAUCUGAGCAUAAAAACACAAAAAUACUAAUAUACGUUUUUCACUGUGAACAUCAAAGAGCCCCUUAAAUGAUGAAGACUGUGUCAGAAUUUCAUACAAUCAACUGAAGUUAUGCAGGAGGGCUGCACUGAUUCUGAAGUGAACGCCAACUAUUAGGACAACAAAAUUAUUUGAGUUAGUGAUUAUAUAAGAAGAAAAAGUUAAUGAUAUUAUUCAAAAUCUUUAUAGUUUGAAUGUUUUUGUUUGCUUUAGUCCUCAGAGUUAUGGUUUUGUCCUGCUCGAUUAUAAACUAAUAUUUAGUUUAGAAAAGAAAUGGCAAAUUAUCUAACAGUCAAUCCUGAUUGGCAGCCCAAGACAUAGUUUUAUAUGUGGUGAAUGCAGCAAAAAGGCAAAACUCAAUCCUUUGUUGUCUUUUUAUGGUGAAUAAUUGCUCCCUGCAAAUCCUUAAACACGAAACAUUUUUUUCAAUUCCCCUCAAAAAGCCAGAAUUUCACCCCAUGACGAAGCAAUAACAGCUUUUAAAAAACUGCCUAUCUUUGUACGUGGUAUGAAUUUAGGACACAGUUCACAGCCCAUAUCUGUAUGAUUCAAUGGCAACUGGAAGUGGAAGUAAAACUCCGGUUACAAUCCAAAAAAUCUCCCCAAAUUACCCCAAAGGUGUUCAAUCAGACAGACGAGUAGAAGAGUAGAGGAAAGAAGAGAAAAGCACUGUGCCCCAAUAUUUGGCUUAAAUGUUCAAAACCAAACAAGAAAAAUACAGUAAAGUCAACACAAUCUGCUCCGAUAUUGAUAAAUGUCUUGAAUUGCCUUGGAAUAUUAUUAUAAUAUUAUAUUACAAAUAUAUAACAGUAUAGAUUGACAAAAAAAUCAGACACUUAGUAAAUGUUUUCCUUUCAUUCCUUUAGUACAAUAGCUCACAAAAGAGCUGUGAAAUGUCCAUUAUAUGUGAUAUUGUCUGGUACGCAUGGCUUUAUAUAUUCUGUAUUUCACACUGUAUUUACAGCAGCCGUGUGUUUUUCUCGCUCACACAGGUCCAUUCAGUAAGGGAAGCUAUUAUAAGUCACCACAAUAAAGGGCUGUGAUUGGUUCAGGCCCUUUUUUUUAUUGUUUUCCUGAUGUGCUCCCAAACCUUGGGAUUGAAAUGGCUGACACUUCCUACAGAAAAAUAAAGGAUAUAAAGACGCAUUAAAACACACACACACACACAAGCACAACAAACACCCACACACACACUUACUCACACUCACACACACUCACUGUAAUCCUCCACAGGGGAGAUACAAAAGAGGAACCUGGGCAAUAAAAGGGAAAGAGGAGAGACACUGAAGCGAGAACAAACAGAUGUCAGUUUGACUGACUAAUAGAUGGAAACAACAGACACAUUUUGUUUCAAAAAGGCGACAAAGAGGAGAAGAAGAAGAAGAAGAGAAGAAGAGAGAGAUGCCUGACUGUGAGACAGGUACUAAGACAGUGUCAGCAGGCAGGUAGACAGACAGGUCACCCGGCUGCAAAUACAAAAGCAGCUGAAACGUACAGAUACAGUAUAGUUUAGUUUACAGUAUAUUAGAAAAAAAGUCUAAAUAGAAGUACAGUCGACACACUGAGAAACAACAGUUUAGGAGUUAAGGCUUGAACAGGACAAAAGCAACACUGUGUUUGUGUAUCUGUUUGUGUGUUUGUGUGUGUGUGUGAAUAAGUGCCAGGAUCAAAGAGCACUAUGGCUUACUUUCACUUGAGCAGUCUGCAACCCCGACUUCUACUCAACUCUCUACUUACUUUAGGGGAUGCAAAAUGACCACCACAGAAAGGCCACUAGAGGGAGCUGUGACAUCCAGCAGACACUGUGCGUGUGUGUGUGUGUGUGUGUGUGUGUGUGUGUGUGUGUGUGUGUGUGUGUGUGUGUGCCUCCCUCCGUAUUUGUUAAACUUUAAGGUGGUUUGGUUCAUACUAGAGCCUCUUCCUCUUGAAGUAGUCGGCGUACUGCCCUCCAAGGCCUUGGGAGUGCUGCCCAAUGUAGGCGCCAUCUGAUGAUGCCACUUCCUGCACUGCCAGCUGUGGGU